AUGUCCAAACUCAACGUUGAAAUAACAGACAUGACUGCAUCAACCAUUUGGUGGUAUGAUAGUGCUGUGCUCGACUGGCUGCUUGGGGGAUUUUUUUAUUGGAACGGUUGUUCUUCUCCAAAAACUUCAGUGUCUACAACAACUGCUGAACUCGUUGCCUACUGCCCGGGGCAACAAUCGUUUCAGAACAGUAGCCGAUCCCCAGUAUUUUCACGUAGAUAA